AUGGCCAUUCUUCCCUAUUCGCUUCACCUCGACCGUAUUGUCGCGCAUAUACACGUCCAUCCUGCAUUGUCAGAUGCAUCCAGGAUCGCAGUUCUGUUUAUUCUCCAUGGGCAUCCGGCGAGUGCACAUCACAUGAAACCUAUAGUCGGCGGAACUUUCGACCUCGCGAAGAACAAGGCGGCUUUGUUGGAAGCGAAGAGGAACUUGGUUAUCGUAACAUUUGAUCUAGAAGACGACUCGGACUUUAGCAACGCAGUCGGAGAAUUGGAAUAUGAGUCGACACAAUUAUACAAUAAACAAGAACGCAUAGCGUCAGCUGUCUCGGAGCUCAUAGAUACACUGCCUGCCGUACUUUGUCCAAACAACGACAGAUUUAUUGACACUUGGAUGGUAGCGGGAUUAUCGCUUGGUGCUCAUGCUGCCUGGUUAUCCAUGGAUCGGGAUCCUCGUUUGAGUGUUUGCAUACCCAUUAUCGGCUCGCCGGACUUUCUUGAAAUUGCCACUGCGCGCAAUAACCUCACGGGUCUUCCGCUCGUUUCUUCCUACAUGACAUCUGUGACGCGGAACAUAUUCUUAAAAACGAUCCAGUUUCGUGUCGCCGUAACUCUUUACGGCCAGAUCCGUUUAUGA